AUGGCGGAGGUGGGAUUUUCUAACUAAUAUCAGAAAAAAGACCUUUUUCAGAACGAUAAUCUGGCUGUCCUUGCUGCGGCAAUGGAGAAUGAAGUAAACUUGGCCGAAAUCCGGGCGGUUGACGAGGAAAUCGGGAGAAUGAUCGAGGAGACGAGCCAGAUCGCACUGAGCCAUGAAAAAAAGAUGGAAAAAAUGAGAGUCAACCAUGAGGAUCUCAGGAACAAGGCCCUCCAGAGUAUCCAGGAGUCCCUCAACGAAAUCCAACACGACAACGACGCAGCCAUCAAGGCUUUGGAACAGACUCAUCAUCAUCAAACUGCAAAUCUGGAAGCGCAGAAGGCGGAAGAAUUGAGAAACAUCGAAGAUCAAAACGUUCCGAUGGAGAAACAGCUUGCUGACUUGCUGAAGAAAAUUAACGAGACGAAAAAAAGCCUCGGAGAGCGAAGGGUGAAGGUUGCGGAGAGCAAGUCAAAUCGGCAGACGGCGGCCGAGAAGAGUAUCAGGGACUUCGAGGCAGAGAAGAAGGAAGAGUUGAAGAAAAAAGAGGUGAGUUGAAGUUGAAAAAUCGGUUUUUUGUUUUCUACAAACUAGGAAAUCCCCGGUUGAACUUUUGAUAAAACUUUGCUGACUUUCACGAUAUUCAAUCAUCAUUUCAAAAUUAUUGAGAAUGAGAAAAAGUUUUUUAAUUCCACAAAAUCUUCAAUUCGUUCCAUCCACGGAAAUGGCUUACCAAAUUUUUUGAAUGAUUGGAGUUUUGGCAAAACGAUCUUUGCAACCUCCUGAUCCCAGAACAAGAGAAAAAUGUCUCGCAAUAGAUAUUGUUUUCGAGGUACGGAGCUUCAAAGUUUGCACGCUGAAUCAGUGAUGAGAGAAAAAAGGGGAUUAGGCUUGCGUAUUCGCCCUCGAUUCCUGAUGACCGCGUGGUGUAGUGGCUAGCCUCCUUGCACUACGGUGGCUGAGUUCAGGGUUCGAGUUCUUUUGAAGAAAUUCAUUUUUGCCAAGCGUUCAAAAGAUCCAUCGUGACACAUUUUUUUCUUUUUCUGGAAUCAAACUUUUUUUUUCUUUGUUAAUCAACCAAUAGGGAUUUUUCCGACACCCGGUGUGUUAGAGGGAAGACCCAGGCUUACAAGGAAACUGAUUUCACUUUGUGAUUGGGAAUUUUCUGAAGAGCAUUCUCCGUGACAGACCGGACAAAGAUGCUGGAAAAUUCAGCCAGACCAAACCUCUAGUUUUGGGGAAAUAUGGGCUCAAACUAGAACCGCUUCGCGUCUCUAUCUGACAUCGGAGAAUCUGACCGAGUUUCAGGAAAUUCUCAACCAUAAUAGGAAACGAUCUCCCUUGUUAGGCAUUUUCCAGUGAAGUUUCAACCUUGUGAGGAAGCCAGUUUGCCCAUUUACAAUUCGAUUGCAGAACGAAUUGUAUCAGAAGAAAGUCGACCAGAAGAAGAACAAGGUUAAGACCGGUAUGGUCGUCGAAGGACUGAACCAGAAAGGAACCGUCCACGCCGAAAUGCGCAGAAUUCGAGACUCUCACGAGCAUAUCGGACAUUCCGUUAGCGACAUCUACGCAGAGGCUUGUGUUUUGUUGGAUAGUUCUCACGACAAAUUUUUAUCCUUUCGUAUAAAAAAAAUUCACGUUUCAAGAGAACAGAGGGGGCUAGAAGAGACGCCAGAGAAAUCGACAAUCUUUCAUUCUCUGGUGUCUCUUCAAUUUACGCUUUUCUCGUUUCGGGAGCAACUCAGUGAAGUCUUUCAUAGCCCUCAAGUUUCAUUAUUUCCUCCAAAAAACAGGGAAAAGCCUAUCUGAAUUGUGUAUUUUAGGGCGUUUUUUGGAAUAUGUCCUCUCUCUUUUCGUCAGUCAAAUCAAUAAAAAAUGCUCAAGCUGUCCUAACUUUUUUCUUUUCCGAAUAGAAAUUGUUUUCAGAUCAACAAGUUCCUCGAUGAUGAGAAAAACGGCGAAGCACUCAAGGUGAAUAUUUUCUAGGAGCAGAUUUUUUUUUGGGUUGAGCUAACUGAAUUUGCAUCUGAAGUUAUUAACAGAACAAUUUUUUUGAACCAACACUUGUUCAUGAUAUUUUUUUUUGGCUUGAAGGUGAGAUGAAAAUGUGGUCCGGAUGAAGAACUUAGCGUUAGCCAAACUGAAUAUUUCGCCGAAGGUCCUAGUAAUCCUGGCCUUUUUUCCUUUCUGUUUUCAAAAAUGAUUCUGACUUUUUUUUUUAGCCAAUUCUGAUAUUAAAGAAAAACUUAUUUCAUUCCCUAAUGGACCUAUAGCUGAUCAACGGCUGGCUUGAGCCAUCGAGAAAAGGGUCCUGUCACGAAAAGUGACGAGACAGUGCCCUGGUUGGUGGAGAGUGCAGACAGGCCACGCCUUUUUGCGUCCCAAGCUAGCCGUGAAUCGUCUAUAGACAUUCUAAAGCUCUCAAAACUCAAGUCAAAUUGAAAAAAAAAUUCAAUCAGCAUCCAAUCGGCGAAUCGUAAUCGGUGGUCAUUUGUAUGCGACCGCGUACUAUCUCUAUGGUACCUGGAUAGUACCUGAUCGGUAUCUGGAUGCUACCGGGUAGGUACCUGAAAUUCGCGAUUUCCACUGACUGGCACAUCGGUCGUUUAUAUACCACCAGUGUUUUUUUACACCUUCCCAAGCCUUCCACGGUCUUAUUGGAUAAAGCUGAAACAAAAAAUAACAUCCCGGGAAGCAAUUCCAGACUUUCCGAAAGAAAUCGCGAAUGUCCGGUAGCUACCCGGUAGCUACUUGCAUCGACCUCCGACCCAGGUACCAUAGAGAUAGUACCCGGUCGCACACAAACGACCACCGAUUACCAUACGCCGAUUGACUUUUUCAAAAGUUGCUACCCGGUAGCUACUUGUAUCGACUUCCCGAUUCAUCUUUGUACGCAAAGCUUUUUUUUUUCCUAUGAAAAUUUUCAAUUUUCAGACUUUUCUGCGCGAAUUCCGAGAAACUCCGCUCACAAACUUUUCGAGCGUGGUCCAAGAGGCGCGAAGCAGAGUCGAGCAGUUUUCCGCUUUGAACCCCAACAUGAGGAUGCAACUUAAAGUAGGACGUUUGGGCAACGCUUCAAAUAACUAUAGUUCUUCCAAUCACAAAAACAAGACUCGAUUAGAGCUCCCCAAAAUGACCGAGGAGCGCGUUUGAACAUUCUGUCACCAAAUAUUGAAUGAACAAAAGUUGCGGUGCACCCCGUAUCGAACUCUCGGUGCACCCCGAAGCGUAAUCAGGGGUAUACCCCCGUUUAGCUUUAAAUGCCAAUUAAGAUACUUGAUCCGCACACGAUUUCGAAGUGUUUUGUUUCCCAAUAUCAGCAUUUUCUACAGUUUCAUCCUAGAUUUUAACGUUAGGUCAAAAAAGUUUUUUAUUUCCGACCGGUUGCCCCAGUGGUGCACGCCAUCCAGGUACACCGAAAACAUCAACGAAAAGUUCACUUUUUUCCGAGGUUCACUGCGGGGUACACCCUCAUUUUUGUAACUGAUAGAACAUUUCCGUUCGGUUCAUUUGAAUGACUGCUCGUUUUUUAAUUGAAAUUAGAACGCUUUUCAAAAUCAACGUUCAAGAUUAACAUUCAUCGGUCAGAUUCUCGACAUUUCGUUAAACGUCUUUUGAAUUGAACUAUCGCUGAAAGUUCAUUCGAUCAUCGUUCAAACGUUCAUUUCGGAGGUUUCUAGCAUCAAAAAUGACUGUUGUGAAAUACACCGUCACGCAAAAGUUCAGAUCGCCAAACCUUUUAUUUCUAGUUUUUUCAGAUUUAAGAGAGAUGUUCAUUUACAGGACCGUCUCGAAGGAAUCAACGAAAUGAGCAAACAAAUCGGUAGAAUUACCGCUCAAACGAUCAAUGCCUCCGGGGUUCGUUUUUUUUUUGUAGUUUUCAAAAUUAAUUGGACGCUAGACAAGGGCGUAAGCCGAAUCUGGUCGGGCGCAACGCUUUUUGUCUUAGGAGUCCAACAGGGCAAGCUAGGAAGAAUCGCUGCAAACUGACUUUGAUUCCAAUUCUCACUGAAAAAAGGAGAGUCUAUUGGCGGUUUUUAGGAAUCAUAGAGACCUGAACAGGAUUUUUUAAAGUAAAUCUCAGAAAAAAAGAUUUUCGAAUUUUUUUCAAAAGUCUUUGUGUCCUCAUAACUUAAAGACCGAAUAGAAUGUCCAUGAAUUCGUAUUAAAAUUGAAAAUGAACAAAAACCUUUCCAAAAAAAUAUUUUUCUUUUUCAAUUUACAGGACACAAAAAUCGAAAUCGGCGAUGAAUAUGUCCAAAGAUAAUUUGAGAGAUGCGAUCAAUAAACUGGAGACCGAGGUCCAAAAGUUGCCCACGAUGGAUGAUAUUGAUACGAUAGCCUCAUUGAGCAACAGUUUGACAGGAAUGUCUAUCGGGAGUUCUUCAGCAAUCGCGUGGAUACCAGCGGCAGCGGUAAGAACUUUUUUGAUUCGUAGUUGGACUCAGAAUACUCUUACCCAUUCGGCAAAAGAACUUUGAUAACAGAGAGAUGCCGUGUUCAAAGUAGUUCCGCGAACUGCAAAAUUAUCUCUGACUCUCCAUGUUUCAGUUAUCUUUUUCUUUCUCUGACGGCUGUUUCUCAUUUCGCGGACUCGCUUUGAACACUGCUUCAAGAACGCUUUUCGGUCUCAAAAUCGAGUUAUUGGUUUUGAGCUUAUAGUUGGUUUUUUGGGGAAGAGUUCAGCAGUCUAAAACGUUAGCUUCAACUCGAACUUCGGCAUUUAUUUGAAAAAGACAAAGAACUUUUGAACUUCAUCAGACCUUGGAACUGAGGAAAAAACUCAAGUUGCGCAGACAGCUAGACUGUUGAAGAUACAAAAAAGAAGCAUAUGGAAAUAAAUUAUUUUUGGAUAAUGGAAAGUGAGCCGCAAAAUGAAACAUUUCAGCUGUCUGGGCUCUCUUUUUCUCUCUUCUAGAGCAAAUCGAAAAGACUAUAGAUUUUGAGGGUUUUUUGUCCUCAUGAUUGAAAGCUUUUUCGAGCACCUUGAGCUUGAAUUUUCGACUUUUUGGGGUAGAAGAAGCAUUUUGAGCUCAAGAUCUGGAUUCGAAAAAAGCUGAGGAAAGAUGUUGGAUCGGAUCAUUUUGAAGACAGGUAUAAAACUUCUCUCUUGAUACAUCCAAAUUUUCUAAUAGCGACAAAUUUUAAAGAAACCUCUUCAAUCAAGUUCAUUCUUUCUCUUUCAGAGUUCAAACGAAAAAAAAGUGCAGGGAAUGA